ACGAAAGUAAAUAAGAAAAAAAUGGACACUCUCGUUCAGUUAGUUGGUGGUUAUAGGGAACGUGAUAAAUUAAUACGAUUAUGUCAGUAUGUUGCACGAUUUCUGGCCGGUACAGGCCAGACCAAUAUGGGUGCUAGACUCGGCAUAAUCGCCCAGGAGUUCGGGAAAUGCCGUACUGUACUGCGGUUAUUUGAUGACAUUCCAAUGCUUGCCUACACAUUGCACUAUGGUCUAGGUAAAAAGGAGUCUAACAGUGGGAUACGCUUUCUGACAUUAUUGGGUAACUGUGCCAAUCAGCUGUACUUCCCGUUAGAACAUGUGUCAUGGUGCGCCCAAAAUAAGAUCAUUGAUAGGCCACAAAGCAAGUGGGCUACAGCAUGUAUUGUAGCAUGGGCAGUGUCACUCCUCACAGAAAUAAUAAAGGCCUUCAUAAGAAUAAAUUUAAACAGGAAUUCUCAGAAAAGAUUGCUCAAAGAACAGCAGUUAGAAGCCCGCAAUGAAAGCGACUCAUCUGAGAUGACGACUAACAUACGAAGUCAAAUACGUGCCUUAAAAAGUCAGGAGAGAGAACAAUACUUGGCUAUAGUUGAAAAUUGUGCCGAUCUUUUCAAUGCCAUAAAUUGGCUCCCGGCUGGAUAUCUUUGGGCAGGUAAAUUCACAUCCAGAUUUUGUGGCGGCAUGGGAGCCAUUUCCUCAGCAAUAAAACUGUACCGUAUACACAGUGCGAAAUGGAAUGUGUCAUAAUUGGGUACGAGACUGUUAAAGUUUUUAUUAUUUAAUGAAAGAUGCAUAAUGUAUCCCCUUGUAGAUGAAAUAAAUUCAUGUUAAACAUGGCCAUUGUUUAGAA